GGAAAUGUGAAUAUGCACGGGUAAAUUGCGGAUGUCCUGCUUUAUCACAUUCAACCCGAAACACGAGGAUUUGUUCCUCAAAGUCAGUGAUUUCUGCUAUUUUGCUGAUUCACACGAUCUCGCAAGAUAUGGAAAAAAAUGGCUUCUACCCUAAACAUGUGCAGAUGGAGAUGAGACACAAUCAGACGCCGUUACCUGAUGAGCAGCUGAACUCAGACUCGAACACGGAGUCUGGAAGACCAUUGCGUCCACAUUAUAACACGCCUAAACCACCCAUCACCAUCGGGGGAAACCAUGAUGAUUCAUAUAGGACGGAUGAAGUGAACGUCCUGCUGCCGGUGCUCAUUGGAUUUAUAGUUGCUUUAGUUGUUCUUGCCAUCAUCAUUCUUGUUUAUUAUCUGCUGAGAAAAUGUUUUCUCAUCAAACAUCAAAACUUGUCAAAAAUAGCAUCAAUUUGUAUAAGAGAACCAGUCAAUGAAACUACAAUCCACCAGCCACCUACACGUCCUUACCUUGGAAACCAUUGUGACAUUGAAAGCUAUUGUGACAUUGAAAGCUAUUGUGACAUUGAAAGCUUUUCAGAUCGAGGGUCACGAGGCCUGUGGCCAGAAAUGGAUCCUAAAGCCGAUGUUACACCAAUAGAACCAGAACUGCUGGAGGAAAUAAGAGCAGAGAGAUGUGCAGGUUUGGGUGCAGCUUUAAAUGAUGAUUCAGAUGAAGAAAACACCACAGAUCCCAAUAUGGAGGAGGAACACACUGAGGAGGUUCAUGACACUCAAAGUCUUUGUGACACUGAAGCGACUCCAGCAGCAGCUCGAGGUGCAAUGGGCUCCAAAAUCAUCUCUCUGCCUAACUUUGCCAUGGAGAGAGAAGACACUGAUCAGAACACCGUUACCCAGAAUGCCCUGCUGUUAAAACCGCCAAGACGCUGCAGAUCCAAGACCAUUUCACUGCCAAACCUCACUCAAGACAGAAAGGACAGCGAUGACUCCAGUUAAAGAUGUUCAGGUUGUUUUGAAGAAUCAGAUCUAGAGCUUUACUUCCAUCAUCAAUGCCAAAAGAACAUGGAAACCUGAACAUCACAGUCAUCUGUGCUUGUUUCAUUAUAAACCCGUGGCCAUUAAUGUGAGGUUUUUACGUCUAAGAGCAUCAGGAGGUCAAACACCAGAUCAACAUCAUGGACAUUUGGACACAUCCUCAAUGAACCAGCAAAAUGAUGUGACAUUUAUUUACAUGAUUUGAAUUUAUUGUUUUACUUGUAUGAAAAUCCCGGUGAACACCAUCUACCUCUGGAGGAGUAUUUUUUCAAACGCAUGACAAUUAUUGUCUAUGUUUGUAUUAGAAAUGUGUUAAUUAAUCACUAGUUCAUAGAAGCAUUGAUUUCAAAAGGUUAUUUGUGAAAUGACAUUGCUAGACCCUAAUAGUAAUGAUCUGUCGUUUAGUUAAAGUAUCAGACUCGACCUUCGGCUCAGAUUCCCGCAGGAGACAGAAAUGUUUUGACAUUUUAUUUCAGUAACACUCUGGAUGUCCCUCAAAUUUAGUUUACAUUUAUCUGCUACAAAUGACAAUAGUUUAGAAAUCCUCUACGUAUCUCUGUACAACAGAAUAAAUGGUAAACCUUCCUCACUAACAGAAAACAUUUUGAGCAUGAAUUUAUCGUGUUUAAAUCAUGCCAUUCCCAUUUCAUUUCAAGCAUUUAAUGUAAAAUUGGCCAAAGAAUUAAGCAUCAGAUUAUAAACCAGAUGUAAUAGUUUGAUUUCUGACUCUAAAUACUUUUUAUCCUUUAAAUCCUUUAAAUUUUUAAACAGAUUUUUCAGGAGGAUCUCUCCCAUUUCACUGCAAAAACAUAAAUGCUCUGUGUCUUAUUUAAAUGUAGUGAUUAUUUUCAGUGGAAACACUUCUUUGUCAGUGUUAUUUGACGGGUUUAAUUAACAUCACGUUAAUCAUCACUGUCCAUCUGAAUGAGUUUCUGUUUAGUAUCUUUGAUUUUAAACCCAUAAUGCUAGAAACUUCCUCUGGUUUAGUUUUUAAAGGGGAAAAAUCCUGAUCUUACAGAAAGUAUGCCUGUUUUCAGAUUAAUUGUGUGAAUGAGAAAAUCUAAAGUUAUGUUGCUGAAACAUGAUUAAUUAAAAUAUUCCCCUUUAUAAA